AUGGCAGCAGCUGCUAAUCAUCGUCGUCAAAGCAGAAGAAGUACUUCUCCUGAUAUACGCACCAUCGUUCCUUUGCUUCUGGUCGUCAUCGUCUUGUUAUCGUCGGCUGAUGAUAGUAAGAUGGUGUUGGUGGCAGCAGCCAGACGAGUUCCCGCCGCCGCGCCGGGAAAGAGCACCGUUGCUGAUAAUAAGGAGGAGUACGAGGAGAUAGUUGCGGUAAGCAAGCGGUCUGCUAGGGGAAGUUCAUCAAGAAGCAGCGGACACGGCGGUCCUCGUCCAUGGCACUAA